AUGGCUCGAUUAGGGCGCAUCGGGUUUCUGGCCCUGGCCAUUGUAUUUCAUACAAUAUACACCUACUCGAUAUUUGAUAUCUACUUCGUCAGCCCGAUCGUCAGUGGAAUGCGUGAAUUCGGCGUGCAGAGACCUCCCUCUGCAAAAGCACCGGCAAAGCGACUUUUUCUCUUUGUUGGAGACGGUCUACGCGCGGACAAGGCUUUCCAAUCAUUCCCGGACCCAUCUCCUGGAGGCGUGCUAGAUGAUGAUUAUGCCAAUCCCAACGGUCCCGCGACACUCCGCACCCCUAAACAUCUUGCGCCGUUUAUUCGCUCUCGCGUUCUCUCCCAUGGCACUUUCGGCGUGUCGCAUACUCGGGUACCCACGGAGUCCAGGCCGGGCCAUGUUGCGCUUAUUGCUGGUUUGUACGAAGAUGUCUCCUCGGUGACGACGGGAUGGAAGCUCAACCCAGUUAAUUUCGACAGCGUUUUUAAUCGUAGCAGACAUACCUGGAGCUGGGGGAGUCCGGAUAUCUUACCUAUGUUCAAGGAAGGCGCAACACCUGGGAGGGUCGAUGCGGAAUCCUAUGGCGAGGAGGUGGAGGAUUUUAGCAGGGAUAGCACGCAGCUGGAUAUUUGGGUUUUUGACAAGGUGAAGGCACUAUUCGCUGCGGCGAAGGAGGAUCCGGAGCUCGAUGCGCGGCUACGAGAGGAUAAACUUGUGUUUUUCCUGCAUUUGCUAGGCUUGGAUACGGCGGGACAUUCUUAUCGGCCUUACUCGAAGGAAUACUUGCAUAAUAUUAAGAUUGUCGAUCAAGGGGUGCAGGAAAUUACGGAGCUGGUCGAGGAAUUUUACGGUGACAAUGAGUCAGCGUUUGUUUUCACAGCUGAUCAUGGCAUGAGCGAUUGGGGGAGCCAUGGGGAUGGACACCCUGAUAAUACACGAACUCCCCUGGUUGUAUGGGGCUCUGGUGUUGCCAAACCGAAGAUCCAGAAAAGUGGGAAGGCCCCUGGGCAUGAGGAUGGAUUCUCGUCUGACUGGAACCUGGACAAUGUUCAAAGACAUGAUGUUUCUCAGGCUGAUAUCGCUGCUCUUAUGGCGUAUUUGGCUGGUUUGGAUUUCCCCGUGAAUUCUGUCGGAGAACUCCCUCUUUCCUACCUUGACGCCUCACCUAAAGAAAAGGCCUUGGCAGCUCUUGCAAACAUGCAAGGAGUUCUGGAGAUGUAUCGGGUCAAAGAGGAGAAAAAACGGAUAUCGACUCUGGGGUUCCAGCCGUACAAACCUUUCGGGGAUAAUGAGCAUUCUGUUGAAGCACGAAUCCUCGAAAUUAACAAGCUAAUAUCCAAAGGAAGAUACGAUGACGCGAUUAAGAAAUCCUCCGAGCUGUUGCAUACUGGUCUAGAAGGUCUACGAUAUCUACAGACCUACGACUGGCUCUUUCUAAGGACGAUUGUCACCGCAGGGUAUCUGGGAUGGAUUGCAUAUGCCUUGACUACCGUCAUAGAUCUCCACGUUCUGCAUGAAUCCUCGGUUCCAAAUCGUACAACGUUCAGUACGAUGUUCUUUUCGUCUUUACUUGUUAUCUUGUUCUCCGUCUUCUGGAUUCAGAAGUCGUCGUGGAGAUAUUACACAUAUGGUAUUUUCCCCGUCUUCUUCUGGGAGGAAGUUAUAGCAAGUCGAAAUGCGCUGGCCGCCGGACGGAAAAUACUUCUUAGUCAUGUUAAGUCACUGGGUGGCUACAUAUCUUUUGGUUUACAGAUAUUGGUCUACGUUGGGGUCUUGGAAGCCCUUGUUCAAUCAUACUUCCAUCGUGAAAUCUAUACCAUUUGCUUCAUCCUUGCAGGACUGUGGCCUCUUUUCUACGGUAUAGGCUUCGUAUCGUGCAAUAAACUCGUCAUGGUCACAUGGAGCAUUGGAUGUUGGUUAAUGAGCAUUUUCACGCUUUUACCCGUUAUCAAGGUGGAGAAUGCAACGACGAUAACAAUUGGAGGUGUCCUUAUGGUCCUUAUUGGACUACUCUAUCUAGCAUUUGAGAAAUCAAUCACCCCUCGAUCUAAACCCGUAUCAAAUGCAGUCAGCAACGGUUCCCGACAAAUCAUGGGGAUGCAGAUUGGCAUGAUUCUGCUGGCAAUAAUAGUGACUCGAUCUAGUAUCGUGUCACUGAAGGCAAAACAAGGUUUGCCUUGGGGAAACCAAACCGUUGGAUGGUUGGUUUUAGUGGCUUCUUUUGCGCUACCGUUCUUUCAUAGAUUAUAUCCAAAUGGCUAUUACCUCCAUCGCCUCGUCGUGAUUUUCCUCUCCUUCUCCCCGACGUUCAUCAUUCUCACCAUCUCGUACGAGGGACUCUUCUACUUUGUCUUCUGCAUUACCCUCGUUAGUUGGGUUCAGCUGGAACAUCGCAUAUACACAUUUACAUCUCCCCAAUCAAAGUCAACCUCAUCAAAGGGGCACCAAGUUACCAAACACCCUUACCGCAUCCUAACAAUAGCAGACGCUCGCAUCGCCCUCUUCUUCUUCUUCCUUCUCCAAUCAGCCUUCUUCUCCACUGGCAACAUCGCCUCGAUCUCCUCCUUUUCCCUCGAAAGUGUCUGCAGACUAAUCCCCGUCUUCAACCCCUUUUCCCAGGGUGCGCUACUAAUCCUUAAAAUCACCAUCCCAUUCGCCAUCAUCAGCGCAAACCUGGGAAUUCUUAACCGGCGCCUAUGCGUCGCACCAUCCGCCCUCUUCAUGAUCGUCAUGUCCAUCAGUGACGUCAUGACUCUAAAUUUCUUUUACAUGGUGCGCGACGAGGGGAGUUGGCUUGACAUUGGCAUGACCAUAAGCCACUUCUGCAUAGCUAGUGGAUUGUGCACGUUCGUUGCUGGGCUGGAAUUUCUCAGUGAAACGUUCAUAGCCGGAAUUGAGUUUGAAGAUACUGAUGUCGCCAGUAAGGAUAGAAAAGGAUAUUUAUCUCCAGGAACGGAUAAGGUGCGGAAACCCGCUGCGGAGUCCAAUGGCACUAAUGGUCUAUCUUCUUAUGAGCGGGAUGGGAAACCUAGUGUUACGGAGAAAGCGAAUGGACAUACUACUAACGGCGUUUCGAAAUCUUCCUUCAGAGCAUCUAAAAGUCAUUAA